AUGCCUGAAACUAGCAUGGAUUCUACUAGCCAGCACCAAGACUUGUCCAUGGGGACACAGUCUAUACCCCUCGACUUCGCAAUCCAUACGAUGGAGCACCUCGGCUACUUAUGUGUCGGUGAUCAAGAACCGUCAGCUGAAGAUGCUGCCAAGGUAGAUAGGGUCUUUGAAGGGAGCCCGAAGUUAUCUGCGCCAUGGUUCGAUUUCUGCAAAGGAGGGGAUGAGAGUAAAAGCUUCUUGAUGUCAGACCACGAAUGGUUUCGCAAGAUAAUCAAGAACAGAUUGAACGUGCACGACUUUCGCGAUUUGAAAAAGCAGGGACCUGCGAUCAUAGAGUUCAAGGAAAACACUGAGGUCGAGCAGUUCAUGAGAGCCCAUCCAUCACGUGAGGCGGUCUCAGUUUUUCGUCCCUUGCGGGAUUCUGCUGGCUGGGACAACGGCCUAUUCAAGCUCUUUACGUCUUCCCAUCAUCAGAAUGAUCAUGAAUUCGAGCAUAGUCCGGACAAAGACGCGGAUGAGGUAGUUGUGGAUAAGAAGCAGUGCUUGUUUGUGGACGGAGCUCUGUAUGUCAAACUAUCUCCCAAGGGGGGGGUCCGAAUGGUCUGGCAGGGAUUCUCAAAACGACCAAUGUUUGGUGAUAUCGAUAAUCCUAAGGGGCUGCCGUUCAUGAAGAUCUAGUUCCUCUUGCUUCUAGGUUCGAGAGAAUGUUGCUCAAUGUGGAAGAAACUUCUAGACACCGAGAACGCUUGGAUUGUGCUUGACGUUAGCCAAUCUGAACCAAUAACCAAUACAAG